CCACCCCCCCCCCGAGUUCCGCGCAUGCGCGGUGCGGGCUGUUGUUGUGGCGGCGCGGCCCGCGGCUUCACCCGGGCGGGAGCGAUGAGCGACAACGAUGACAUCGAGGUGGAGAGCGACGAGGAGCAGCCGAGGUUUCAGUCCGCGGCCGACAAACGGGCUCAUCACAACGCACUGGAGCGCAAGCGCAGGGACCACAUCAAGGACAGCUUCCACAGCCUGCGGGAUUCUGUGCCCUCGCUCCAGGGAGAGAAGCAACAGGCAUCCCGGGCCCAAAUCCUGGACAAAGCCACAGAGUACAUCCAGUACAUGCGCCGGAAAAACAACACGCACCAGCAGGACAUCGACGACCUCAAGCGGCAGAACGCGCUGCUGGAGCAGCAAGUGCGCGCGCUGGAGAAGGCCCGAUCCAGCGCCCAGCUCCAGGCCAGCUAUCCCGCGGACAACAGCCUCUACACCAACCCCAAGGGCAGCGCCAUCUCCGCCUUCGACGGCGGCUCCAACUCCAGCUCCGACUCGGAGCCCGACGAGCCGCAGAACAGGAAGAAGCUGCGCAUGGAGGCCAGUUAGGCCCCCCCGCCGCCCCCCAGCCUGCGGCAGGACUCGCUCCCUCCGCUCCUAGAAGCUCUUGGACUGCAGCUUCCCAGCCUUCCCCGGCCCCUUCCCCGCUCCCACCGCGCUGGCCCCGGGGGGAGCCGGCCAGGCUGAGCAGAAAGACUUGGGGGGGUCAGGGAGACUCCACCACCAACUCCCUUCUGCUAGCGACCCCCCUCCCCUUCCCUCCUGGUUUUAUAGGAGCAUUUCUAUUUAUACCCGGGGACCAGUGCAGUCCAGAGCGGGGAGGAGCCGGGCAGUUCCCCAAAAAAAAGGAGCAAGCACUGGGGGGGAUCUCCCUAUUUAUUUUCUCCGUGUGCAACUCCACCUGCCCGAGUCGGCAGAGCACAGAGCCAGGCUUGGGGGCUCCUUCCCCCCCCACCCCCUCCUCCUUCUCCUCCUCUUUCCCUCCCUUGACCCUUCCCCACCUCAGUGGCAUUUUCCGAACUUCAGUGGCCCAUCCCCGCCCCAUAGGUGCCCCUUUUCCCCCUAUUUUGAUGCCAUUCCAUGGAUCUAAGGUAUGUUGUACAUACUGCCCAGAGUUGUCUUGCAAGUUAAGGCUUCCCUUUACUAUAAGACUAUAAAUAAUAAACAAAAAAAGCCAAAAUUCCACUUA